GAAGAGAAGGAACAACUUUAUGCACUCUCGAUAGUUGCAUUCCAACAUUGACACAUUCUUUCAUGUUAAAAUUAUUAUUUUUAUUUCUGACACAAAGCUAUGUAAUUUGUAAACACAAAGCAUGCCUACCUAUACUACUACUACAUUCCUCUUUUCAUUUUGUUCUUUAUCUUUUAUGGAGUAGUAUUUUAUUUUAUUUUACGGCUUCGUUACUCUUCUUAUUCCAACAUUUUCCUCUUUUUGCCGCUUUUCCGGAUGCAAAGCCAUUAUAUGAUUACAUUAGAGAUCAUUUUCCAAUUGACCGUUACAUAUGAUAUGAUGCAUAUAUUUCUUCCAAUUGUAGAAAUACCAAUAUGAAUAAGAAAUCAGGAAUACUGUUACAAAAAAUAUCAUAUAAACCAUUGAACCCCUAUGAUCAAUAUAUAAAUCCUAGUUUCGAGUUUCACUUCUCAAUGCAUCUACCAUCGCAAAAUGCCAAAAUAUACAUGUACAUAUAGGAAAUGUACUGACCUUUUUAAUUUAAUAUUGGGCGACAAAAAAGGUUAUUGUUCUUCUCUUUAAUUUUAGUAUCAUAUAAACCAUAGAACUCCUAUGAUUAAAUGCCAAAAUAUACAUGUACAUAUAUAUAUGUACUGAACUUUUUUAUUUAAUCUUGGGCAACAAAAAAGGUUCUUGUUCUACAUAAAGGACAGUGAGUGUUCCUUUAGCUUAUAUAGCUCAUUCCAUAUGUACUAUUAACAAAGUGACUAUAUAAUUAACAUAAAUCGAGCAGCAGACGAAGUUGAUCGAUCUUGAAUCUUGAUCAUGGGGAAAACCGGCGGAAGCUCAUGGUUCACGGCGGUUAAGAAAGUUUUCCGAUCCCCCGAGAAGAUAAUCCCUAGAAGAAGAAUUCGUCGACAAGAAAACGACCUCGUCGAAGAAGAAGAGGACGAUCAACACCAACGACCGAUGAGAAGAAAAAGAAGAUGGCUAUUUAAGAAAGCUUCUUCAGAUCCUUCUGCAAUAGACGUCGGAACAAACACAAGAAACGCCGGCAACAUUAACUCGACGGCUGUUGACGUGAUUGUGGCAGAGGAAACCGAGAAAACUGCGUCUUCGACGGCCAAGGAAACCGUCUUUUUCUGUCGGACGUCUGUCUAUCUCAAAAGACACGUGGCUGCUAUUCUCAUUCAGACAGCUUUCCGAGGAUGCCUGGCCAAAACGGCAUUUAGGGCUCUACAAGGAGUUGUGAAACUACAAGCCCUAGUGAGAGGCCACAACGUGCGUAGACGAACUAGCAUCACUUUGCUUCGGGUUCAGGCUUUGGUUCGGUUCCAGGCUCGAGCUCUAGACCACCGGAGAAAACUUACAACCAACCCCGGCGAUGAAACUUCCUUGUCUCGUGCUUUCUCUAAACAGAUGUGGAGAACCACAGCGAGAGAAGCUCACAGUGAAAGCGAAUUAGAGGACACAAGACCGAGUAGGUUAAACCGGUUUGGUUAUCAAGAAACCGGAAGGAGAAUGUCAACUGAUCAGGCUAUCGUCGAACCGGUCAAGAUAGUUGAGAUCGAUACGUACAAUACGUACCCACACCACCUCCAACAACUCAACAAGACGCCACGUGGGUAUUCUUGCGUCACAAGGGAAGUCCAUUCAAUACCAAAUUACAUGUCUAACACUGCCUCAACCGUGGCUAGGUUUCGCCGGCCACAAAGCGUACCAAAGCAGAGAUCAAACCGUACCGGUUUAGAUAACAACGAACCAAGAUUACAAUUGAUUAGAAAGCGAUUGUCAUUUCACAAAGAUAAUACGCAAUCGCACGGUUAUAAUGACGGUGAUGGUUACUUUUGGUAGGAAUACUCACGAGGAUAUUAAAUUAACCGAAUCAGUUAUUGAGUAGCCGAUUGAAGUUGAACCGAUUAUUCAAUCAAAGAUAUUUUAUUUUAUACUA